AUGAAAAAAUUCAAAGAGAUUAAAAAAAGCGGAGAUGGCACUUUUGGUGUAGUGAUGAAGGCGGAAAACACAGAGAAUUUUGAAUUAGUAGCCAUCAAAAAAAUGAAAUAAAAAUAUCACAAUUUUGAAGAAUGUACAAAUCUGAGAGAGGUCAAAGCCUUAAUGAAACUUCAAAAUCAUCCUAACAUUGUAAAACUGAAAGAAAGUAACCUCUAAUUAGAUCUAUCAUAGUUUUUCUUGAUGCUGAUACUCUUUGUUUAGUGUUUGAGUUUGUAGAAAUGAGCAUAUAUUAAAUAUACUCUUAACAUAGAGAAUAAGUAGAAUAUAAUCUAAACUUAAUAUUAGGGUAAAACAAUGUCAGAUGAUCAAAUCAAAUCAAUCAUCUAUUAGGUUGCAAAUGGUUUAAGCUAUAUGCAUAAGCACGGUUACUUUCAUAGAGAUCUUAAACCAGAGAAUAUGCUCAUGACAGAAAAUGGAAUUGUGAAGAUUAUCGAUUUUGGUUUAGCAAGAGAAAUAAGGUCACGACCACCAUAUACUGAUUAUGUCGCCACAAGAUGGUAUCGGGUAAGUAGACCCCUUAUGUAUUUAGGCUCCAGAAAUAUUAUUGAAACAAAUCAAUUACAACAGUCCAGUUGACAUUUUUGCCUUGGGCUGUAUUAUGGCUGAGUUAUUUCUUAAUAGACCCCUAUUUUAGGGUAAUACUGAGUUGGAGUAAUUCAAUAAGAUACUGUCCACUUUAGGGUAUUAUUCUAGAAAUCUAUUUUAAGUACGUUUACUUAAACAGAUUGGCCAGAGGGCUGUCGCUUAGUAUCUUAAUUAGGAAUGGGAUUAGCACAAUAUUAACCUCUUCAGUUAUAGCAGUUAAUCCCAAAUGCAAGCAUAGAAGCUCUGAAUUUACUGUCUCAAAUGAUCAAAUGGGAUCCGAAUAAGAGAAUUACUGCUUAAUAAAUUCUGACACACCCCUACUUUUACAAUAUACAGAAGAUUGCUCCAACAUUAGUAUUUGAGGAUUAGGAUAAGGCUUGGAGUAAGGAUGUUAAAGAUACAAACAUGGAUAAAAAACAGAAGGUCACAACUCAAAGUGUAAAGGGUGAUUUAUCACUUCAAUUUGGGAAUUAAUAAAAAAUUCAAAAAACUGAUAGCAAUGAUUUGGAUGAUAUAUUAGAUUUUAUUACAACAGAGAACAAGCCCGUGAUCCCGAAAUAAACAACAUAAAGUGCAAAGACUUUGGAGUUUAAGGGACUUCAAUCAUCAUCUCAGGCUAAUUUAAAAUUGACUAAGAAUUAUUUAACAUCAAUCAAUUCCGAUGUCAAUUAAAAGAAGGACAACACUUCUAUCUAUGAUUUUAGCCAUUUGUAAUCGUAUAAGCCAAAGAUGCCUAAUGCCAAGCAUUGA